CGAAUGAAAUAAGAAAUGAAACAAUCAAAAUUAAACAGCAAAAUUACAACCUGCUUUAUGUACAACUAGUACGAUACAAUUAAAAAUAAAUACGAAAAAUUAGCAUUAAAACUGAAUAAAUGAGUGUAAAAAGUGCGAGACCAAAAUAUGGAAUCCGUUGAUGAGCGCAAUGACCCGGAUGAAAACACAGAACUGGAAGAUAGCGGCGACGAUGUAAAAAUACGUAAACUUUGCCGUUUUCAUCCGUACCACGGCUCCAAUAUCCUGCUGAAGGACGACUCAACGGUCGCAUUCAGAAGACAGAGUUUCGCUGACGCUCUCACUUUUUCUGAGCAGCCUUUGGCGCCAGGCGAUAUAUUCCUCGUUGAAAUUGAACAAAUUGAGCGCGGAUGGUCUGGACACAUGCGUCUGGGACUAACACAAUUAAAGCCCAAUAUAAUUGGGAUGCGCACUGAGGGCCUGCCGCACUUUGCUCUUCCAGAUUUGGCAAAUUUGGGCAAUAGCUGGAUAUUCCCAAUAUCAAAGUUUGAGUUGAACCAACGCCAGGAGCAGGAGCAUGUUGAGAAUGUAGAGCCCACUGCUAAUGAACAGUCGCAACAUAGAAAUCUUCUGGGCGAUGCGACGCAUGUGCGUACGCCUCGUGGCUUGCUGCCAAAGAAGCUGCUGCGCCCCACAAUAGACGAUGGAAACUCUGAUAUACUUUUAACCGAUAGAGGCUCGCGAAUUGGUAUUGUUUACGUACCCACAGAUAACGAUGAGUCAAGGGGCGAACUACAUUUCAUCAUUAACGGCGUUGACAGAGGUCCAGUAUCAGAAGACAUUCCAUUAAAUAGAGCUCCCUUGUAUGUCGUGAUUGACGUCUAUGGAACAACAAAGCAAAUUCGCAUCAUACAAUUGGAAGGCAUUCUAUCCUUGCAAAGCGCUUGCCGUAAUGUCAUACUCGAAAACUUUACCGCCAAUGAAAUAGAACGCCUUCCACUUCCAGAGAGUAUCAAGCGGUUCCUGCUACGCCGGGAUUAAUAAUGAAAGUACAUAUGCGAAUACACUUGCGCUUAAGAGUGUGCUUGGCCUGGGCCUAGUCUGGGAAAUAAGCAUAGAGACGUUGACUGAAGUGCCGUUCCCCUUUAUUGAAUUGCUUAAUUUUGUCUUCUGCACAAUGCAUAGCGAAAACGGUCCUUAGAAGUAUACUCAAUUACGCUCGAAGUGGCAUUGCAUUUUCGUUCUGUAGAUAUACUAUAUAGUUUUUAAUGGCGUUUAGUGUUACCAGUUCAUAAAAUUUACGAAGAAUUGUUUAAAAUUAUAUUUACAUAUGUUUGUAUGUAUCGAUAUAUUUUCCUACCCUCGCGUGUUUUGUAAAAACUGUUUCCUCCACUAGAUAAUUAGCUUUUAAAUUACGUGAAUUCAUAUUUCGUGAAUGCACUUCAGCAGUUAUGCGUCUUGGUGUCCUUAGUAAGAUAAUGAUCAAACGUAAAAAUUCAAAAAAUGUUUAGUGUAUGAUAUACAUUAUUCAUAUGAGCAGAACAACUCCAUUUUGAAUUCAUACUUCCAAUACAAAUAAGCGUUCGAAUUUUUUAUCCAGAACACCGCCCUGCCUUUGAGCGUUUCCGCCGUUUGUCAGGCAUGGAAACAUUUAAGGCAAAUCCAGUUUCAUUUUCCAUUACCUCUAAGGCCCCUGUUGCUAAAUGUAAGUUAAUUAGUAGUAUUUAAUAUACAUAUAUGUAAAUCAAUGUAAUAAAAAAUGCUAUGCUUUUUGUAAAACUGAA